CCUUGUAAGAGUGGAGUGUAGUCAGCCGAGCCGGUCUCAAAUAUCACAGACCCUCGCUAGAGAAUCCGAGAAGUAUUUAAAACGAACUCUUAUCAGUAGUGAAGGAACUAAGAACAUGAACUAGUGGCGAGUUAUCUGUUGUCUGCGGCUCACUCAAGGCGGCUUUUAACGAUACUUUUCAAGUUUUAAAACCUCGUGGGUUAAAGUAAAAAUAAUGAGUGUCUUGAGGUUCACGUUGUUACUGGUUGUGGCGCUACUGUCGGCCGUGACGUCACAACCCUUUAGCCACCCAGAGUCCUCGAGGCGCAGCGGCUUCGAAUGGAACUCCAGAAAGAUCGGGAACCGAAAAGUGGCGACAAUAUCCAUAAGAAGGGACGAGGAGCGUGACCGUCGCAGCGUCGCCUUGGCUGAUGACGACGAAGACGACGACCCUUUCAGCAGAAGCCUCCUUCCACAACACCACCACCGACACCAGCAAGCGGAGUCCACGGUGGGUGAAGGCGGCCAACACCACCACCAUCACCACAGCAAACAACAACAACACUCACACAGACACCAUCACGGCGACGACGAGGUGGAGCUGAUCGAGGGACUCUCCCCACAUCUCCGGGACCUCACCCUCGCCCGCAUUAGGAACCUGACGACUGCGAAACCGAAAGGAAACGCCAAGACCAAACGGGAGAGGAAGGGGAAUGAAGGAAGAGGGAGAAGAGGAGGAAGAGGAGGAAGAGGGAAAAAGAAGCAGGGAAAGAAGAAGCAACAAAAGAAGAGGAGGUCCUCCAAGAAGAACAAGAACAAGAAAAAAAAGAAGGGGCAAAAGGUAUGUCGUGGACUGAAGGACGCCGAGACGAAGAAGAAGUGUAAACAGGAGCUGAAGAAGUGCCGUAAGAUGCCACGUGCUGCCAAGAAAGAGUGCAAGGCGAGGGUGGACAGCAUGUACCGUGACAUGUUUAACUUUAUCCAGAGUAAGAUUAACAUGAGUGGGAACGAGGCCUGCCAGUACCAUCGUCUAGAGCAGUGUUGUCGCCAGGCUGACCUACCCCCCCAGGACCCUACCACCUUGAACCCGGUCGUCAAGUGCCACUUCAGGGAGAAAUUCCUGGAGUGUAUGCAGGACCAGAUGGCCGACACGUGUGACCCGACCUUCCACACCCAGGGCAACAUGACCGCCCUCAGGAACAGGAUUCGCCAGGUCGUGUGGUCAAACAGCAGCUGCCUAAUAUCUGAGGCCCUAGAGGGUUAGAGGGUUCACCACGAGGUCAUGCAAGGAUGGAGUGAAGUGGUCGGAUGGGCGUUAGGAGAAGAGUCUUGAGUUUCCUGAGAUGUCUGAGUGGUUGAUGCUACCCAGAAGAGUGAUCUGUGCUCAGUCUUGAGCUGGCUGGGGUCACUGACAGUCUUUAACGGUGUUGAUGAUGAGCACUCAGGAUAUUGUUACUUCUGCAAAGGAAUGCAAAAGCUGUUGAAGGGCAGAUGAAAGGCGGGUACUGAAGACAUUGUUCAAAAGGAAGUGGCCGAGAGGAAUCUCUUAAGGGCGUUACAAUCUGAGAGGAACUUCGUAAUCCAGGUGAACAGCCUCGGACCUUUACCCCAGCGGGCUACUGGAUGUCGAGAACUGCUUUAAGAUCAAUGAAGACUGUACAAGAAUUCUGAGUAAGGCGGCUCAGAGGACGAGUGGAGAUGAGUUCAAGAAGGCAAACCAAUACGAUCUUCCCCAUGACUUACACAGGUGAGAGAGAUAUGAAAGUAGUCCGAAUUGGGUUUUGAGGAAAGGUACACCAGUGUUUGCAGUCAGGACUGCUGGUAGACUACUUAUAGUUAAUGUUAUAGAAUCGGAGGUGUAGGUUACCAGGAACAUGAGUCAGAAGGCAGAGUGUGUGACGUACUGUAGGUAAUGUGACCAUCUCCGGGAGUUGUGGUUUUGUCCCUAUGAAGGAUAACCGGAGGCCUUCUGUCGUGAUGGGCAGGAUGGAAUUUUAUUGUUUGUAAGAAUGAACGUAAUAAAAAUCUGCCUUAUAAAUGAUUUUUUAUGAAUUGUGAAAAAAAAAAUGUACAUUAUAUUAUACUUGAAUCCAACAACUAGAUAUUUAUGUAAUAUUAUAAUAGUUACUCAUACAACGUCUUAAUUUUCUAUGAUAUCAGCCAUAGAAAGUUAUAUAUUAGGGAACACAAUAAUAAAUGGUACAAAGUC